AGGUACACAAGGGAAAGCGGAAGUUAGGUUUGGAAAUGGUUUUGUUGCGAUGAGACCGAUGAGCAUUGGAAUUACUGGUACAUAUUUUGCAUAUGGCUUGUUUCAUAAACCCAAGACUUCGGAUUGACCGAAUUAUAAAUGCUAUUUGACCCUGCCCUCAUUUAAAAGUGGCUAACGUGGAGUUACAACCUGCGAGAACGUGAUAGGGAUGUAGGCCAAAACAAUGGCAAGUAAAAGCAAAGACAGCGGCGAAGUCAUUAAAAACUACCAUAAACAGGCGUUUGAGUAUGUUUCGAAGGCAUUGAGGAUCGACGAAGAUGAUUCAGGAGCGAAAGAGGAGGCUGUGCAGUGGUAUAAAAAAGGGAUUUCUGAGCUUGAAAGGGGGAUUGCUGUAGAGAUCACGGGACAGGCAGGAGAGCAAUAUGACAGAGCAAAGAGACUUCAAGAUAAAAUGGUCACAAAUCUCAACAUGGCAAAAGAAAGGCUCAGUCUGUUAGAAGCAACAAUGGCAUCUAAAAGGAGGAGCGAUCCACUGAAGUUCUCCAAUCAUGGUCUUCCACAACCAAAUCCUUUACCCAAAAGCCAGCCUGCCGUGCGAGGUAACAUCAGACCCUCCACUGUAGUUCGCCCACCAUCCAGACCCACCGAUCCAAAGGCGACCCCACGGGUGGGAAGACAUCAAAAUGGAAAACCCACAACUGUGAAGCAGCCGGCAAAAAGGAAUAUGAGAAACUUCAAAAAUGUUGACAGCAAACUGGCCUCCCUAAUCAUGAAUGAAAUUGUUGAAAGUGCGGCAUCAGUAUCUUUUAAAGACAUUGCGGGACAGGUACUGGCCAAGCAAGCACUCCAAGAAAUUGUCAUCCUCCCUGCCUUAAGACCAGAGCUCUUUACUGGCCUGAGAUCUCCGGCACGUGGUUUGCUUUUAUUCGGCCCACCUGGCAAUGGGAAAACAAUGCUGGCCAAAGCAGUCGCAGCAGAGUCAAACGCCACUUUCUUCAACAUCAGUGCUGCCAGUCUGACCUCUAAAUACGUGGGAGAGGGUGAGAAGCUUGUUCGAGCCCUGUUUGCAGUUGCCAGAGAAUUGCAGCCCUCUGUCAUCUUUAUUGAUGAAAUUGACAGCUUGCUGUGUGAAAGGAGGGAGGGAGAACACGAAGCGUCUCGUCGAUUAAAAACAGAGUUCCUCGUUGAGUUUGAUGGGGUGCAGUCAGGAGGGGACGACAGGGUGCUCGUAAUGGGAGCGACCAACAGGCCUCAGGAGCUCGAUGAAGCAGUGCUGAGGCGCUUUGCAAAAAGGGUUUAUGUGGCAUUGCCGGAUGCAGAGACAAGAUUAACACUGCUGGAAAACCUUUUGGCAAAGCAUGGGAAUCCACUGAGCAAAACUGAGCUGUCCAAUCUCGCAAAAAAGAGCGACGGAUAUUCAGGAAGUGAUCUCACGUCAUUAGCUAAAGACGCUGCGCUCGGACCCAUUAGAGAGUUGGGACCAGACGAAGUCCGAAGAAUGGCUGCUAGUGAGAUGCGUAACAUCAAACUCAAAGACUUUGAGGACUCCCUGAAGCGCAUUAAGCCCAGUGUUAGCCCGGGGACUCUUGGCAUGUACGCCAAAUGGAACAAGGAUUUUGGGGACACGACAGCUUUUUGAACUUUCUUUUGGUUUGAAAAACUGUUAAUAAAAUAGCAGUUGAUUGCGCAAUGGUAGAAAACAUCAUACAUGAACUUAUAAACCACAAUUAAACUCUUUGCAGGGGGAUAAAUCUAUAAUGUGCAAAUAUUAUGACAUUUGGAAACCCUUCCUGUUUUAUGGGAACACUUUGCUAGCAGGUUUCUUUACUGUAUUUUGUCCUUAAACACUCUUGCUAGAACUUGAAAUUUCAUUAUUUAUUCUCAAGAAUGUCCUGCAAAGUUACAAGUGGUCUUUCUCUUGCCUCAGGAGGGCAGCAACUUGCUGUAAACCCUGAUAUAACUACCGAUUUAGAUAAUGUCCCCCCCCCCCCCACUUUAGUAACAUGAUGUACAUCAUAUUGUACAUACAUGUUGAUGGUUUAAUCUCUCCGUGCACACUCAUGAGUGAUAACAGUCGAGGGCAGAUUUGGGGUGCAUUUGCAAUAUAACUUUUCUUUCCACUUGCACUUAUAGUUUGAAGAGAAAAGUAAAUGCAUUGUAUUUGAAAGUAUGAGAACCUAAGGAAUCAGAGAGUUAUGGCAACGGCUUCCUACUUUCCCUAUGCAUCAAUAAAUUCAUUUGUGGAAAUAUAC